UACACACAACUUCAGCUGUUAGCGAUCUAGCAAGGGCAGGAGAGACAACCUGGGGAAAAUCCUCUCAGCUGUGGUGAGAGUUGGAGGUGACUUGAAAAGGGUUGAUGAGCAGCAGCAUCUCCUCUGCUUUGCUACCUACACCUCAGAGGCUGUUUGGAGCCAGGCUGGUCAUCACCUACAUUGGAACCGCCCCAGAAACAAGGGGGACAUGGAGAUGUUCCCAGUUGUGUGCCUGUGGUGAGGUCUGUGUGGGCCACGUAACUCUUGAGGUGGGCCAGUGACACGAGGAGUCCCCAGCUUUUGAGUGCCGAGUCUGGCAGGAAGGAGAGCGGCACUGCUGCCACUCGGCUCAGUCCUAAUGUGCCCUUGUGCGUGACAUUAAAGCAGCUCCUCGUCCUAGUCAGGAGCCCAGCACGGGAUAUUUAUAGCUCUGGCACCUCGCUGCUCACCCGAAGGUCUGUUCUGCUCUACGAAAUCCGUGUUUCCCCCUCGCAGGCUCUGUUCCCGGCGUCGGGAAAGAAACAUUCCUGAUGAAGACCUUGAAUUCUAAGGGGAUUUAAAACCAGGACAAUCGGAGAUCAACCAUGGAUCGUAAGGCUGAGGAGAAAAGAAGGCAACGCCAUAGCUUGACAUUAUUGGAACAAGUAAGGAGGAUGAAAGAAUCAACGGAGAUCAUUGAUGUUGUGCUGGUUGCAGAAGGUGAGAAAUUCCCCUGCCAUAAGGUGGUGCUGGCUGCCUUCAGUCCCUAUUUCAGAGCCAUGUUUACCUGCGGUUUGGUUGAAUGCACACAGAGAGAGGUGGUGCUGUACGACAUCCCCGCGGAGAGCGUGUCGGUGAUACUCGACUACAUGUACAGCGCGGAUUUGCACCUCACUAAUCAGAAUGUGCAGACUGUGGCGCUUGCUGCCUAUUUCAUGCAGAUGGAAGAUGUUUUCAGUGUGUGUCAGAAGUACAUGAUGGACCACAUGGAUGCUUCCAACUGUGUGGGCAUCUACCAGUUUGCAAACCACAUCAGUGCAGAAGAUUUAUCGGAUCAAGCGCGGAAAUACUUGUAUCAGCAUUUUGCUGAGGUGAGCUUACAGGAAGAAAUAUUAGAGAUUGAAUUCCAGCAGCUGUUGACUCUCAUAAAAUCAGAUGACCUGAAUAUUUCCAGGGAGGAGAGCAUUCUGGACCUUGUCAUUCGAUGGGUCAAGCACAGCAGGAAGUCACGUGCAGAGCACCUCAUUGAGCUCCUGAAGCAAGUGAGACUGGUGCUUGUCAGCCCUUCCUUUCUCGUGGAAGCCCGAAAAAGAAAUACUAUGAUCCUGUGCAAUUCGGAAUGCAACGAUCUGUUUGAGGAAGCGCUGAAAACCAUCAGGCUAUCGAGCCAACCUUCUCUCAGCCUGCGGUACGGCAUGGAGACCACCGAUCUCUUACUCUGCAUUGGCAACAAUUCUCUCGGCAUUAGGUCCAGACAUGCGAGCUAUGCAGACGCCAGUUUUUGUUACGCUCCGGCAACAAAAAAGACUUAUUUCAUUCCCUCUCCAAAGUAUGGAGAGGGCUUAGGAUGUGUUUGCACUGGUGUUGUCACUGAGAAUAAUGAUAUUAUUGUGGCAGGAGAGGCAAGUGCUGUCAAAAUGUCCAGACAAAAGACCAGGAACAUCGAAAUUUAUAGAUACCAGCAGCGAGGAAACCAGUUUUGGCACAGCCUGUGCACCACUCAGCUCCGUGAACUCUAUGCCUUGGGCACUAUCCAUAACGAUCUCUAUGUCAUAGGAGGGCAAAUGAAAGUGAAAAAUCAGUACCUGGUGACAAACUGUGUGGAGAAGUAUUCCAUGGAGCAAGGCACCUGGAGGAGCACGGCGCCUCUGCCGGUCCCCUUAGCCUGUCAUGGGGUGGUGACGGUGAAGAACAAACUCUACGUGCUGGGUGGAUGGACACCACAGAUGGAUCUGCCUGACGAUGAGCCGGAUCGAUUAAGUAACAGAACGUUUCGGUACGACCCAGCCCAAGACAAAUGGACAGAAGGCGCCCCGAUGAAGUACUCCAAAUACCGCUUCAGCACAGCCGUGGUCAACAGCGAGAUUUAUGUCUUGGGAGGAAUUGGAUGCCUCGGUCGCGACAGGGGACAGACACGGAAAUGUCUCGAUGCGGUGGAGAUCUACAACCCCGAUGGAGACUUCUGGAGGGAUGGACCUCUGAUGCCUUCUCCCCUCCUCUCCUUACGGACAAACUCCACCAGCGCAGGCUCCGUGGAAGGGAAGCUGUACCUCUGCGGGGGAUUUCGCGGAGCAGCUCGUCAUGAAGUUAUCACCAAAGAGAUCCUGGAGCUGGAUACGUGGGAGAACCAGUGGAACGUGGUGGCCAUCAACGUCCUCAUGCACGACAGCUAUGAUGUUUGCCUUGUUGCCAGGCUGAACCCGCGGGAUCUCAUCCCUCCUCCCCCUGAUUUAGUGGACCAAUAGAAGUUCAAUGGCUCUUGAUGCUUCCAGAUUCUGCAGAAACUGAAGAAAUUGGAGAGACAGAUGCUGCAUUGGCUCUGGGUGACAGCUGAGUCCCACAGAGAGGGGCUGGCAAUACACACUUGGGGACAGAAUUGCCUUUGAGUUGCACUCCUCAGUUGACGCUUAAUUUGCUAGUACUUGUACUCUGGACUUCUGUGAUGGAAAGCCAACGUUGCCCAGCCUUUGUGUGCAGCUUUUUGUCAUCCCUCUGGCUGUCCAAGCUCCAGUGUUGGCUUCAGCUUGGGCUUCUGAGAUCCUUUGCUUCACGGGCACGGUGGCAGCCCAGCGCUUGUGUCACGGCAGAGCACGACAUACGGAGGAAAGCUCCGGCCAGCGAAAUCCCUCCUUGGCUGUUCAUCCCAUCCAGUUCUACUAAGCUGCCCAGGAGGUUAAGAAAUAUAUUCAGUGAGCUGAUGAAAACCAGCCCAGCUGCAGCAAAGGGCCAGACUACCCUUGGCUGAUGCAGGAGCAGAAGGAAAACAGACAAGAGCCUUUGAAACAAACCACCAUUAGCCAAGGUUCAUUAGCGAAGCCCAUCAGCUGCUGCAAACAUUAUCUAACCCACAGGACAGUCAAGAGAUUCUGUCGUUGCCAACAGAGCCGAGCCUGCGGUAGCAGAAAGCGAGUCUUUUGGCACCAAGUCACAAGCGAAUCUUCCAGCAGGGUUAGGAGGCAGCCUGUACCAAAGACAAGAAUAAUCCUGAAUUUUCAUGUAGAUCUGACCUGUUCCGAGGUCUGGUGUGACCAGAACCUUAAAGCUCAGUUAGAAAACUCCCUUCCUUUGAGAGAUGGAGAAGAGGAUUGUUAAGGAAGCAAACUAAACUCAAAAGUAAUAAAUGAGACUAGUGUUAUCUGCCUAUCAGCUCUUCAGCUACAGGGAAAGGAUAGAUGUGCUAGAAAAUACAUGUUUAUAUAACAGUAGCUGUUGUUAAUAGAAGUAGCUUUAAUGAAGUAGCGUAAGGUAAAUUUUCUGCCAACAGAAUUGGCCGUAAUCAUAGGGAAGAGGAAUAAUUCAAGCGGUGUUUCUUAAAGCAGUGUUAGCCUUUAUAGGGCUUGAAGACAGUAUGUUAGAGAGAAAAUUGUGAUCCCAUUUGAAUUCCCAAUAACCAUUCAUCAGCUCUCUGGUGCCUGUCUCUCCGUCUGUCUGUCUGUCUGUCUGUCACUGCCUGGGCAGGACGGACAAGAGAACUGCAAAGCUCUGUUGUGCGCUUGGGCCAAAAUCACAAAUAUGAGUGUAUGCUGCAAUGCAGAGCAAACGCUAAGGGUGAGCUAUGAUGUACUACAGGAAUGAUCAUUGUCAGCAAGAAGUUGCUUUUGAUGGCUACAAAAGCAGCAACAAAACUGGAAGGAAAUAAUUGGCAAAGAAAUGAGGGAAUCCAUCAGGUCGUUCAUCUGUAAUUACUUGCAGGAUUUGCACUUCAGAGCAUCUCCGUUUUCUUUUUCAAUCAUGUUUUAGGCUGCAAAAAUGCCAGAUUUUGUUCUCUUUGCUUCACAAUGCUUAUGGCAGAGAGAAACGCAGAGAAUAACCCAACAGCCCUUUCCCAAUUCCGACUUUUCUGAUUCAUGAGCUAUUCUCUAAAAUAUCCAGUGGGAAUAUGAAGCUGUCAUAUAAAACUAUUAGCAGGAAGGUCACUAACAUUUACCUUAUAACUGUAGUUGGGAAAGUAAGGAAAACAUGUAGGAAAGGAGCAGAUCUAUGAGCCUUACAGCUGAUCUCUUGUCUCCCUUUAUGUUUCCCAAGCAGAACGAGCAUCACAACCUAAACCCACACUCUUGUGUUUGUACUGUUUCUGUACCAUCCAGUCAUUAUUCUUUUGCUUUCCGUUGCUCAUAUGUAGGUCAUCAUCUGUGUAGAAGAGCCUUGUGACAAGCAUGAACCUCAGUGGUACAAUUCAGCGACAGCUUCUUAGAGUCUUAACCACUCUGGUCACUAAAUGCAGUUGUAGGUGCAAGAUCAAGGAGGCAAUAAAACUCUGCUUUAAUAUGUUUUUUGAAAAAAAUCAGCAGAAAGUUCUUCCAAUUAAUGAUCCAAUAUUGGAAACUUUUAAAAACUUCGGUUGUUGCUGCAAAGUAAAGGUAAUUUUGUUCUCAUUUUUCCACGGAGCUCUCAAGGCAGCUGGGAGCAAUGCUCUUGAGCAUCAGCUUUUUCCUUGGGAAACUCUGAAUUCUGCAAUUGUAUCUACUGAUUUUGCUUUUCUCACUUUCUGUUUGUUUAAAGGAAGAAUGUUUUAAAGGGUUUGUUUGUCUUUGGUCUCUGCUCUGUGGCCUCAUCCUGACAAUUUCAAUCCUCCUGUGCUUUGAAGCCUAAAUUAACCUACUGGAUUUCACCCUCUGAAAAUUCACCCUACUUGGGGUAUUUCAAGGGGAGAUAUUUGCAGGCUUUCGUUCGUCAUAUUUGAACAUAUAUGUGCAACACAGCCGAGACUCCUCAAUUAAACUUUUAUUCCAGCAGUGAGCUGGCUGUUUCUUUCCCACUUCAUGUGUUUUGCUUUUAGACUGAGACUCAGUGAGCUGGAUGGAAGGGAAGUAUGUACUCUGACAAGGUCCGUCUUGAUAACUGAGUAAUUGCAUGUGUUUUCUAUGCUGGUCUUGCAAUCAGCUUAAGCUGGGGUGGGCAGCUAAUAGGGUUUUCUUCAUGCUCCACAGGCAAGUGACCUGCCCAUGUGUUCACCACCCAUCGCAUCUCCUGCAGCCCACGGCGUCUGACCAUGUCCAUGUCCCUCAGUUCCUGCCUGUGUCUGAAUAUCUAGCACUAUAUAUCAAGCAGAGAAUUGUUUUCUGCUGGAUUAAAUAUCUAGGAUGGAGGCACUAACUUCGUAAUAUUGUGUGGGCCUCGUGUAGUUCAUGGUUUGCCUUUGGGGUGACUACGAUUUCUAAGCCGAUACUUGGAAUUGAAAGCUUGACUGAGGGAGGAAGGGAGAGGCAGAAAGCACAUUUAUUGAGAGGUAUAGAGCCAAAAUGCUUCUGAGAAUAUAUGAAUACUGUGUGUCUGUAUGUCCAUGGGUAGUCUCACAUUGCUGGGAAAGUCCUUAAGAGCCUUAAUUUCUCCUAUUACAAAUCCUGAUUUAAAAAAACAAAUAAGUUACGAAUAUGUGUUCUCUAAGCUUGUGAGUCUCACUGAAAUAAUAGUUUACUUCAGCCCCUUCCUGUCUGAGCAGUCGUUAGCUGAGCGUUUAAUCAAGGCUGUCUUGACAUCAUCCAUAAUUCUAAAAUGCAAACAAAGCAGCGCUGGCAAACUACCAACUAUUUAAAUGAAUGGGGGGAUUAUUAAGCAAAGGCAUACACUGCAGCUUCACUUGAAAUGCUGAAACACAUCACUUGUUGCCAAAUAUGAAGAAAAAUGUUGGAGAGGUAGCUGGGCACGUGACACACAGGGAAUAAAGCAAAAAAUGAAAGGCUAUAAAAAGCUAAUUGAAGCCCUUCAUUUUUAUUCCCAGCUGUUGUAUUUUGAAAUUGUCCAUGUAUAACUGGUUUCAUGUAGGUCUCAUCUCUGUUUUCAUACAUGUGGUCAUAGGAACUGCCCACAUAUGCAAACCAUCAGGUGUUGGAGUCGCCAUCCUCACACCCACUGCCAUGAUGCCUGUGACUCAGUCCCUGCCCGGCAAACACACACACACACACAUUUUGCAUGUGUGCAACACCCAGAUUUGUGGGGCAGUUUCUGCGUUGUGUUCCAGCUGGAUUGUACCACUCGGGAAGCCUCGAUUUGCCAACAGAAAAUUGCUGUGGUGCACACAGAGCCGCCAGCUCCUCUACCAGAACUCCCAGAUACAAUUCACGUAAGAGGCCAAGUGAGCAGCAAAACCAAGAGACAGGCAACAGCGAUGAGAGCUGCUCCCAAAAUGUUAAAACAUGCAGAGGAGGAUCAUUCCACCCCAUCUCUUCCUAGGAAAUGUUCAGAGGUAAAGGGAUUUGGCCCUGGAUCUUCAUCUUAUAUUUUUUUCUCUACUCUAAAUGUGUAAUUACAUCCUCGAUCACCUGAAAAGCAACGAAAACAAAUGCUAGAAUAAUAUAUAUUUUUAAUGUUGAAAUAUAUUCAUGAAGAUCUAUAUUGUUUUUCUGCUGAUCUGGAAGACAAUGAUAUUCUUCUAAUAAGCUAUUUACCUAGUGAUUGUUAUCUCAGCUCCAGUGAUGGGCUCUUCCACGGUCUGUUCUCCUAAUGGAUUAUGUAGCUCCUCUGAAAAUCUGUUUCAUGAAUCACAGUGCUUUGAACCACCAGGUCAGAAUUUCAGCUUCUCUUUUGCAAAUUUCUGUGCCUCUCUCUACAGCUUUUCAAGUGGACUCUAGCUUCAGCUUCAAAGAAAAGCUAUUUCACCCCCGGUUGUGCUCAGCUGGAACUAGUACAUUUGUAAUUUGCUAUCAUUUGACGUGUAGAGAGUGAAAGCAAAGGAAAUGUUGGAAAAUUGAUAAAAUAUACAUAGAAAGUACA